UCUCUGACGGCCGGCCAUUCCGUGUAUUUCGACUUACCUGCUUUCCCCUUCUCAGUUCCGAGUCCCGCCGCCGCCGUGACCCUCUACAGGCUACAGCUCCGGCGGUGUCCCGCCAGGCCGUCGCCGCCACCUCCCGCCCCUCACGCGCGUGGCCGCCGGCGCCAUCCCCGUCCUUCCUCGCCUGGACACCACAUUCCUGCCGUCUCCACGCACCCCGUCCCAGCCCUUCGCCACUGGGUUUCGAAGCACCCGGCACACCCUCUACCUAGAUCCGCCCCCCUGCUUUUCCCCAAAUCGCCAAUGGCGGGGCAGUCCGACCCGCACCUCUCCCUCUUCUCGCCCGCCGAGGUGGAGUUCGUGGCGGAGGACGAGAUCGUCGAGGUCGUCCCCAACAUCCGCAUGGAGGCCCUCAACAUGAUCUGCGGGGAUUUCGGACCCUUCUUCCCGCAAAUCGCAAGCAAGGUCCCACUGUGGCUUGCCGUGGCGCUCAAGAGGCGUGGCAAGUGCACCGUACGCACACCCGAGUGGAUGACUGUUGACCGCUUAACGCAGGUGUUGGACGCAGAAAGAGAGUCACCUAGAGAAUUUCAGCCAUUGCCAUUCCACUAUAUUGAAGUAUCCAAGCUUCUGUUUGACCAUGCUCGUGAUGACAUCUCAGAUGCAUACUUGGUGAGAUCUUUGAUUGAGGAUAUCAGAGAUGUCAGGUUCCAUAAGGUCGAGAGUGGAUUAGAAACAUUAUCUGGCCGUACUCAUGCUGUGAAGCUCAAAAAUCUCUCUGCAAUGGAGGUGAAUAUUGUCCGCCCUUUUAUGGUGAGAACUCUGCAGGCGUUCUACAAGCAUGAUAGCCCACAGAUGAUUCAGCAGGCAGAUAAUACAGGGAGCAGAUCAACACCAGUCACAGACCGCGGUCCAAGAAGAGACCUAAGGCGCAGGUAAGAGCAUACUUGUGCAGAGAGACCUCAGCGCAGGUGAAGAGCAAGAUAUGUGUGUACCUGUCACUUGUAUUUGCAGAUAAGUUGAUUGUAGUGAAUGAAAGUACCUGCGUUGUUGUGAUGUGCUGUAUGUUCCUACCUGAAAGCCAUUGUAGUUCCCUUAGUGUGGCUCUUCUGCUAUUGUGCUAGAUAGCAAUGGUACCGACUUAAUGUAUUAAUAACCAUAAUGUUUUAGGUUUGUUGUACCUGGCAUUACCUUUGUUUCGAGGAAGCCAUUGUCCAGGGGUGUGGAUUUUCUGCUACUGUACUGGGCAGUAAUGGCACUUUGGUUAUGUAUUUACCAUAAGGUUUUAGGAUUAGUUACUACA